UCCUUCCCCCCAUUUCUCCGGCGUCCGUCCGGCAGAAGGAAUAAAAGCGAGCGGCUAAGGCCAAGGGCAGGGAAUCGCUGCGCGCCGAGCGUCCGUGCCGUGCGUGCGUGUUGUGUGUGCGUGUGUGUCGUGCGAGGAGCGUGCCGUCGCACCGUCGCCACUGAUCAAGCAACAAGUGUCCACCAUGCGCGCAGUCGCAGUGGCCGUGGUGGUCGCACUGGCGCUGUGCUCGGCGCAAGCCCGCGUAGUGUCCGGGACUGAUGUGGACCCCGUCGAGAAUGAUGUCGUGCAGCAGCCCAGCAGCGGCCACGCCGACGUCCUGGCCAGGGCGACACCGUCGUCCUGGAUGUCCAUAGCGAGGUGCGCGGUGGCGCCCAGCCCCCUGGACUGCGUGGAGGCGCGCAGCCAGGUCGCCGUCGACGCCAUGCUGGCGCACAUGUCGGAGGCCCGCGCCGCCAAGGACGAAACUGCCCUCGAGCCCGAGGUCGUUGACAAGGUGUCCGAGCUGAGUGAGUUGCUGGUGGACGCGACGGCCAAGGUGAUGGGACGCCGGCUUGGACUCAGCCAGGACGACGAUGAGGCCGACAACCAGCUCGUCGAGGAAGGUAAGGACGCCCGUACGCCCGUGGGCGGGGAAAGCCCCGGGAACCCAAUCGACGCGAAUCAAGACAUGUGGUUUGAACCACUGCCUACGGUGCAUUCGCAGUGCCCUGCGUGAGCACAGCGAAUUGUGUGAAGCGAAAAUGGGGCUUUAUGGCCCAUACCCCAUGGGAACAGAAUGGGCUAUCUACGUGGACUCAACGUGUACUACGUGGAUACAUACACGUAGAUCUAUCCCUUUAGCCUCAAGGUGGAUUCAACGUAGAACUCAAGUGGACUGAACCAUGGAGAUUAUUCACCGUGCAGUCCACGUCGAUUUGUUACUUGCCACUCCCUCUCGAUGAUUAUACAUGUGAUCCACGUAGACGUAAACUAGACGGUUUUUAGCGAUGCGAAAUAUGUCGUUUCCACGUAGAUGUAUCGUUCUUUUCUCAAUGUCUAAUCGUCUACGUGAUAUGUACAUAGAUCAACGUAUGAUGUGACCUACAUUGAUGCGUCAACUUCACAUCUCUUCGUCAUUUUUGUUGAUCUAGGAAUGUAGGCGAAGAGAGGCUCUGUCGACAUCGACGCAACGUUCACUAAUCAUUAUGGUCUUGUAAAUCUCUCAUCAAUAUAUACGUUUUCAAACAUGGUCCUUUCGCAUAGCAUUCACAUAGUGUUCUCAUCAGGUUUGAAGCUGAUGAUGUCCAAUAACUUGGUUCCUACUUUGGUCCAGACAUUUUGCAUUUUGCACUCGUCGAAUCCAUGUGGAUGCAACGUGGUUGAGAUAGACAGAUCCUUCUGGAUAGAGAUAGGUUUCAGUCGGCUUCCUCGCUAAGUUGUCACGGUGGCGUCGUGGUUAGAGGCGUCAACUACGGAGCCGCAGGUCCCAGGUUCAACUCCCGGUAAGGUAUCAAUCGAGUUUUCAUUAGAAGUUGUUGUAAUGAAGUAUUCAGAGGUCUCCUCAAACCAAAGAAGUGCAAACAAAAUUAAAUCCUUAAAAAAGUAAAUAAAAUUUUAACUGGCGCCAUACUACUAAAAUUAUUUUUGCUGUUACGAGGAUGCCAGGAUCAUUCUACGUCGAAACAGCGUGUAGGGGCGGACUGAUCAAUGUCGGUUCUACGUGAAAUCUACUACCGUUUGGCACUGGAUGAUCGACUCGAUCAUCCACGUCGUGUCGACCACGUCCCAGCUAUGUGGAUUCGAUAUGGGUGUUCCCAUGGGGAUAGUGUUUUCUCUGGAUGUUCCUCGAGCUCUGUGGGUUGCGGUGGGGCGGAGUGGGGUGUGGUGUGGCAGUAGUCCACUAGGUGCUCUGGAGCACCCAGCUGUACCCACCCAGACCGGCUCGGGGUCCGGUGAGAACACAAGGCGCAUGCUAAUUUCUUGGGUGCCUUGGUGACCCCCUACCCCUCCCCCCCUCUUCCCGCUCCUUAUAUGAUGCGCGCAACCGGCGGUCAGCCAAACUUUUACUCUCACAAAGGUCAACUGUGUGGGGAGCGGGGCACGGGGGGAACGCAGCUUUCUCAUAUCGCCAUCGUCCGCGUUGGCGGCGCUCAUACAGCGCCUCUCGCAAGAUAUCGAUC